AUGGGGACUGACCCUCAACCAAGGAACACAGGAUGGAGUCAGGACACCCUGGGGGGAGUAAGGAACUACAGCUGUUACACUAUAUUAUAUUCUAUCAUUAGAUUAUUAUUACUGCUGUAUUUGGCUGUUGUGUGGUACAAAUUUAGAAAUUAUCCGUUCUGGCCAGCAUUGGUCAAAAGUGUGAACCGUAAGCAGAGAAAAGCCAGCAUCAUGUUCAUUGAUGACCCAAUGAUUCACAAAAAGAAAGGGUUUACUGUGGCUCUGAAAUCACUGAAGCCUUUUGACUGUAAAGAAGCAAAUGAGCUGGUGUGCAAAGCCAAAGAAAAGUAUGAGGCUGCAAUCGAGUGGUCCUUAGAUCUCAUUAAAGAUUACAGUAUACGGAUUGGAUGUGGCUCAUUUUCUGGCUCCUUCAUCGAGUACUUUGCCCAUAACAUGAGCUAUCCAGUGAGGAGGAAGUACCCAGAGGGAGAGUCAGAGAGGCUAACCAUCUCCAACGAUACAAUGAUGGAAGCACCGUGUGACGAUCAUAAGGAGGACAGCUUUAGGGAACAGCAGGAGGAGGUCAGCAGGAGUUCAAAGAGGCUGCUGCCAGACCGGAGUCAUGCUGCCCACAACCGCGCCAAUGAGAAGCUUGUACAUUUUAUUGUAAAGCAGCGCAUGGUUGAAAGACGCCUUCUGGCUGUGAUCCAUGGGCAGCAGCAGUCCAGAUGGCUGCGCUCCUUUCUAAGUGCCAAUCGGAGGCGGGUGGUGAACAUAUACCUGGAAGACGACCAGCAGUUGGACCAGGUGUACUGGUACCUAAAUGAGCUCUACGCGACGGCUGUGGCCACCGCCCCUUGCCUGACUGAAGUGAAAUCCAUGGAGCGUGUCCCCUUUGUCCUGGAUGUGCUUCUUCCUGAGGCCAUCAUCUAUGCCAUAGCUGGGGUGGACAAUGUCUCAGUGAAAAGGGCAGUAGAAAAGUACCUGAAAGGACGAUGCAUCAGUAACAGAGAAAGACAAGAGUUUGACUUGAUGAUCGAGCGGCAGAUGAGGAAGAAAUCACAGCCUCAGAGCGCUGCACUUAUGUAAUUGUAUUUCCCUGUCAGUUAAUUAUUGUAAAAAAGGAAAUUAUUUUUGUAUUAUGUCUUUUUCUUUUCAAGUGUUUUGUUUAUAGAUAAUGUAGCAGCAUUUGUGUGCCUUACAAUCAAAUGAUAAAUCAUAUUACUGAGACCUGGUUGUCCCACGAGGAGUAUGUUAGCCUAAAUGAAUCCACCCCCCCCA